CCCCAAUACCUUUACUAAUAUGGCCGCACUUCGGGAGCGGCGAAGCCACCUUGCCCCGGCACGCAUGCGCCGGCGUGGAGGUUAUUUGAGGGGAGGGUGGGCGAGGCUGGCUAACAGGCGGGAGGAGACCGCCUCCUUCGUCCCCAACUAGACGAGGGGGCGGGAACUAGCGCCCAGACUUCCCGUCUGUACAAAGAUGGCUGCCACAUCGGCGCUGUCAUUCUGGUGCAGAGCAAAGCGACGCGCUUAAUUUGACCCGAUCCAGGCCACACUCGUUUUCUCGGGGGCGUCCUCGUGCUCAGCUCACUCCCCGGCCGAUCCCGGGGAGUCCGUGGCACCUCUUCGAUACCCCUACCCUCCGCCAGGGACCAUGUCUUGGGCCGCUCGCCCGCCCUUCCUCCCCCAGCGGCACGCCGCAGGGCAGUGUGGGCCGGUGGGGGUGCGAAAAGAAAUGCAUUGUGGGGUCGCGUCCCGGUGGCGGCGGCGACGGCCCUGGCUGGAUCCCGCAGCCGCGGCGGCGGCCGCGGGCGGAUCAAAGACUCAUUUUCUUUUUUUGUCUCUCCUUUCUCUCUGUGUCUCUGUGCCUGUGUGUGCCUCUCCCACAGAUUCCCGUAGCCCAGACAGUUCCUCCCCCAACCCCCUCCCCCAAGGGGUCCCUCCCAAUUCUCCUCCUGGCCCGCCCCUCCCCCCUUCAGCAGUCCCAUUCCUGGGAGGCUCUGGGGCCCCACCACCACCACCGAUGCCACCACCCCCACUGGGCUCCCCUUUCCCGGUCAUCAGUUCUUCCAUGGGGUCUCCUGGUCUGCCCCCUCCUGCUCCCCCAGGAUUCUCCGGGCCUGUCAGCAGCCCCCAGAUAAACUCAACAGUGUCGCUCCCUGGGGGUGGGUCUGGCCCCCCUGAAGAUGUGAAGCCACCAGUCUUAGGGGUGCGGGGCCUGCACUGUCCACCCCCUCCAGGUGGCCCUGGGGCUGGCAAACGGCUAUGUGCAAUCUGCGGGGACAGAAGCUCAGGCAAACACUAUGGGGUCUACAGCUGCGAGGGCUGCAAGGGCUUCUUCAAGCGCACCAUCCGCAAGGACCUGACCUACUCGUGCCGGGACAACAAAGACUGCACAGUGGACAAGCGCCAGCGGAACCGCUGUCAGUACUGCCGCUACCAGAAGUGCCUGGCCACUGGCAUGAAGAGGGAGGCGGUACAGGAGGAGCGGCAGCGGGGAAAAGACAAGGACGGGGAUGGCGAGGGGGCUGGGGGAGCCCCCGAGGAGAUGCCUGUGGACAGGAUCCUGGAGGCAGAACUUGCUGUGGAACAGAAGAGUGACCAGGGCGUUGAGAGUCCUGGGGGAACUGGGGGUGGCGGCAGCAGCCCAAAUGACCCUGUGACUAACAUCUGUCAGGCGGCUGACAAACAGCUAUUCACGCUUGUUGAGUGGGCGAAGAGGAUCCCACACUUUUCUUCCUUACCUCUGGAUGACCAGGUCAUAUUGCUAAGGGCAGGCUGGAAUGAGCUCCUCAUUGCCUCUUUCUCCCACCGCUCCAUCGACGUCCGAGACGGCAUCCUCCUCGCCACAGGUCUUCACGUGCACCGCAACUCGGCCCAUUCUGCAGGCGUGGGAGCCAUCUUUGACCGGUCCCUCUCCAGGGUGCUGACAGAGCUAGUGUCCAAAAUGCGCGACAUGAGGAUGGACAAGACAGAGCUGGGCUGCCUGCGGGCAAUCAUUCUGUUUAAUCCAGAUGCCAAGGGCCUCUCCAACCCCAGCGAGGUGGAGGUCCUGCGGGAGAAGGUGUACGCGUCCCUGGAGACCUACUGCAAGCAGAAGUACCCCGAGCAGCAGGGACGGUUUGCCAAGCUGCUGCUGCGCCUUCCUGCGCUCCGCUCCAUCGGCCUUAAAUGUCUAGAGCAUCUGUUUUUCUUCAAGCUCAUCGGGGACACCCCCAUUGACACCUUUCUUAUGGAGAUGCUUGAAGCUCCCCAUCAGCUGGCCUGAGCCCAGACCCAAACACGGAGGAGCGCACAUCCAAGAGGGACCCUGGGCCCUUUCUGGGCGGAGUGGGGGGGGCCACGUUCCCAGAACCUUGGUGGGGUGAGGAAUACAGGACAGAACCAAGACCUCCAAGGGGGUCGAGAAACGCUCCGAGGGGUUGCUUGAUAUCCCAAGUCAGAGGGGACCCCAGGCCCCUGUGAGGAAUGGACCUCUCCCUUCAGUGGCCUUGAGUCUCUGAAUUUGUGGGGGUUUCCCAUGACUGGGGUAGAGGGGGAUUUCUUACCCCCUGCCUUCCCCCAGCACAAAGCACUGGUCCGGCUCCCAGGACCGGGUGUCCUUCUCAUCCUGCCUCACUUUGCUCCCACAUCUGAAGAGUGGAAACGGGGAGCUCCCCCCAAAGAUGGAUACUGGGGGCAGGCCCCCCGAACUGAUGGCAGUCAGGCUCUGACAGGCCCUCCUUGCCCCAAAACUGGCAGAUAAGGGCUUCUCCAGCAGGAGGAGGGGGGCUGUCACUAUCUCCUGUCCAUUUUACUCUUCACCCCCUUCUGCAGGCAGACUGGAAAAUAAAAACGGUGGUGGUGGUGAAGGGCCUGGUGGAGAUGCAGGAACCAGUCUGCUAUUUUUAAUUUCCUCUGAGGGUAGAGACUUGCAGUUAGACGCAAAGAAGUACUGUACUUUUCCAGGUUGACUAAGAAAUGCCAGUGGCAGAGGUGGGUGUUUGGGAAAGGCAGGGCCCUGAGCUAGUCUGGCCUUGGGACUGAGCUCUGGCUUUCCCACCUCGCCCCAUCUCCCGAUCUCUUCCUGUCCCACUGGGGAGGGGCCUGGGCUGUGAGGACAGGGCCCUGCAGGGGACGGUUUGGCACGCGAGGCCUGGGCCUCCCCUUUCCCAGCCCCCUGUAGCCCUGUGAACACCAAAUAGGCUGGAGACGGCAGCUGGCCUGAGAAUUGAGGGGGGAUGCUAGCUCGCAGAGACGGCUGCUGGGGCUGCAUGAUUUUUGCCCCGCAUCUGUUCUUUGGAGUUCCUUUCCCCUUUUUCACUCCUACAUAAAAUCGCUUUCAAAUUAAAA